AUGGCCUAUAUCUAUCUAUCUAUCUAUCUAUCUAUCUAUCUUCUCUUUAAGUAUUUUUGUUUCCCUUUCUCUUAUGUCUUCUAUUUUAACCUUUUGACCUUCCGUUCUCUCACUUCCAUUCCUUUCUUUUUUUUCUCCUUCUCUCUCUCUCUCUCUCUCUCUCUCUCUCUGCGCUUUCUUUUCGAUUUCCUUACUUUUUCUCAUUGUUACAUUUUUCGGCAUAUAUGCCCUUCCUUUUCUAUUUCGUUUCUUUCUCCCAUUCUCACCUUUGUCUCUUACUUCUUCUCUCCUCUCCUUACUUUUCUCUUUUCCUUCUUUCUCUCAUUCUCACCUUUUUCCUUUUUUGACUUUUCGCUUUUACAAUGUACUCUCUUUCUCUUCCUUUCUUCCUUUUCUUCCUUUUAUUUCUUUCCCUCAUUUUUACCUUUUGGUCAUACAGUCUGCUUUCUUUCUUUUCCUUCCUCUCUUCCUCUCCUUACUUUUCUAUUUUUUUUUCCAUUUGUUCGUAUACCUUUAAGUCUUUGGAACUUCCCUUUCCGUUAUUUUCAUCAUUCCUUUCUUUCUUUUAUUUUUUUACUUAUUUUUCAUUCCGGUUUCUCAAUCGUCUCUUCUUUGUUUUCCCUACUCCCAUUUCGCUCUUUUUUUUCUCUUUCUCCUUGUCUCGUUGUCUAUUCUCCCUCUCUUAAUCUACUAUUGAACUCUUACUUUUCCCCUCCUAUCUUUCUUCCGCCAUUUUCUCUCAUUGUCAUACUCGUUUAA